GACACCCUUAAAUCAUUCUUCUUCAAAUAUGGUAAUAUCAUCAAUGUUAGAAUGCUAACACAGGGUUUGUGGCAGCAUGCCUACAUCACUUAUGAAAAUCCACAAGAUAUUGCAUUGUUCUAUGAACAAUGGUCUAGAUAUCUGUACAAUGAUUGUGUUAGA